CAACAACCACACCUUUUCUAACAACAGUCACAGCUUCUCCCACAACCAACACAGCUGUUCAACAAACAACCACAACUGCUCCCACACCAACAACAGUUGCUCACACAACAACCACAGCAAUUCCAACUACAAUUGGGGCUACAACAACCACAGAUACUCCAACAACAACCACAGCUGCUUCCAAAACAACCACAGCUGCUCCCAGAACAACCAUAGGUUCCCUCAUAACAACCACAGCUGCUGCAACGACAACAACAGCCGCUCUCACAACAACCACAACUUCUCCAACAACAACCACUCCCACAACAACCACAGUUGCACCCACAACAACCAGAGAUGCUCCCACAACAAGCACAUCUGCUCCCUCAACAACCACAGUUGCUCCAACAACAACCACAGCUGCUCCAACAACGACAGCUUCUUCCACAACAACCACAGCUGUUCCACAAACAACCACAACUGCUCCUACAACAACCACAGCUGCUCACACAACAACCACAGCAGUUCCAAAGACAACUACAAUUGGGGCUACAACAACCACAGAUACUCCAACAACAACCAUAGCUGCUCCCACAACAACCACAGCUACUCCAACAACAACCACAGCUGCUCUGAUCACAGUUACAACUGGUUCUUCAACCACUACCACAACACCUGCCCUUCCACCACCAAAGGUUAAGAUGGACUUCAAAUUGGAUCAAAACUUCAAAGAAGAUUUGAAAAAUGUUUCUUCACCAGCAUUCAAAGAAUUAGCAAGUACUGUGGCUACAGCGCUGGACACAGUUUAUCGAAACAAAUAUGGAUCCAGUUUUAAUCGCACAGAGGUUCUAGGUUUCAGGAAAGGUUCGAUUGAGGUAAACGCUGUCCUGAUAUUUAACAAUGCCAGCUCAGUCCCUGAGUCUAGUGCAGUGGUUGCAACCUUGAUAGAGAAUGUCUCAAGCAACAGCUCUAAUUUCUCUCUCCCAGUGAACACAACUUCUAUCGUGGCAACAAGAGUUGUUUCAGCCUCAGCUCCAACUCCAACACCAUAUACGGUCAUGAACGCAACUUCGGCCCCCUCAAACAGGUCAACUACAACCAUGGUUGUCAAUGCAACAUCGGAUCAUGUAACACAAAGCAAUACAACUGCAACCCCAUCAUUGUCAACUUCCCCAGUAGUCAAUGCAACAGUUCCUCCAACUAGUGUAGUAGUAAAUACAUCUUUAUCUCCAACUGCCCGAUUACCAACUAUCCAAGUGCCAACUACAAUGGCAUCCCCUGCAACAGAGGCGCCACUGACCAGCCCAAAACUGUCACUGCGGUUCAGCCUGACAUCUACCUUCAAUAGCUCUCUGAGCAACAGCAGUUCACCAGAGUUCCUGGCAUUGGCAAAUCAUGUGACUACACAGCUAGAUAAAUUUUUCAAGACUCAAUUUGGAGCCAGAUUCAAUCGAACUGUGGUCAAUAGUUUCCGGUCAGGGUCAAUUGUGGUGGAGUCUACGUUGAUAUUCAACAACAUCAGCUCAGUGCCUAACAAUAGUCUGGUAGCACAAACUUUACAAACUGCCAUUACUUCCAACACGUCUGGCCUGACCUUACCUAUCAAUUCAUCCUCCAUUGUGGUCACACGUAAGACAACUCACCAACACAUCACUUUACUUAUUCUCACACACUCAACACACUAGAUGGCACCGAAGAGAGGGCUGCCUCGCUUCUAGUU